UUUUUCUUCUCUGCUCCAGCAUGUUAGCCCGCUAAGGGCCAUGGCUAAGGUGGAGCUGGCAUUUGACAGGAGAGGAGGGGAACUCCCCGCCGCUGCAACAAAGGUGCCUCUCUUUGCCUCUUUCUUAGGGGCAAAAGUCCCUUUUCCGCCCCGUUUAUUUAUGGCUCCCCAAACAAGACCCAAGGAUUCGUUCCACUGCGUGGGCAUUAUCUUCUUCCUGCUUGGUUUGGGGACUCUCCUUCCAUGGAACUUCUUCAUCACAGCCAUUCCGUAUUUCCAGUCGCGUCUGACGGCAAGGAACUGCUCAGCUGCUGUGGAUGAUGGGAACCGGACGGGGCCGGGAUUCGAACCCGCUUCCCUUUGCAACGACGACUUUAACUUCAGCAACUGGUUGGCCCUUCUCUCUCAGCUGCCUUUGCUGCUCUUCACCCUCCUGAACUCGCUCCUCUAUCAAUGCAUCCCGGACACAGUGCGGAUCCUGGGCAGCCUCUUGGGGAUCCUGCUCCUCUUUGUCCUGACGGCGGUCCUGGUCCGGACGGAGGUCUCGCCCCAGAGCUUCUUCUCCCUCACCAUGGCCAGCGUCUGGCUCAUCAACUCGUUCUGUGCCGUCCUGCAAGGCAGCCUUUUUGGGCAACUGGGGAGCUUCCCGCAAGGCUACAGCACCCUCUUCCUGAGCGGACAAGGAAUGGCCGGGACCUUCGCGGCCGUGGCUAUGCUGCUUUCCAUGGCCAGCGGAGCGGACGCCCAGACCUCUGCUUUGAGCUACUUCAUCACUCCUUGCGUCGGGACCCUGGUCUCCAUUGCCUGCUACCUCUUGCUGCCCCACAAGGAUUUUGCUCGCUAUUAUCUGGAGAAAAAGCCCUUGGAAGAGCCGGGAUAUGAGCCGGAGACCAAGGCUGGACUUCUUAUACCCGAGGACGGACCCUCCAUCAUUCAAGAGACCACCAAUAGGGAGUUGUUGAACUUGAGCAAUGGGAAUAAUAAUGUCGCCUCUCCGGGGCCGGAAGAUACGGCAGCUCCUGCUUUGAUCGCAAACGGGAGCCCCAGGGUGGCCGUGGUGACCCCAAAACCCUCUGUCCUCGGGGUGCUCAGGAAGAUCUGGCAGCUGGCCCUCUGCAUCGUCAUGGUCUUCUCGGUCACUCUGUCCGUGUUUCCUGCCAUUACGGCCGGCGUUGCCAGCACCUCUGCCAACGAGACCUGGAUCAAGUUCUUCACUCCCGUCUGCUGCUUCCUUCUCUUCAACAUCAUGGACUGGCUGGGACGCAGCGCCACCUCCUAUUUCCUCUGGCCUGAGCGCUUCCUGCCCCUCUUGCCGGGCGCGGUGGGCCUUCGCCUGCUCUUCGUGCCGCUCCUCCUCCUCUGCAACAUCCCGCAUCGCGCCCAUCUGCCCACCCUUUUCCGGCAGGACGCCUGGUUCGUCCUCUUCAUGGUGGUCUUCUCCCUCUCCAACGGCUACUUCGUCUCCCUCUCCAUGUGCCUGGCCCCCAAGCAGGUGAAGCCGCACGAGAGCGAAUUGGCGGGGGCCAUGAUGACCUUUUUCCUGGCCUUGGGACUCUCCUGCGGAGCUGCCAUGUCCUUCGUCCUUAAAGCCUUGCUUUGAUGCUUUGGUCAACGGAACCGAGUGGCGGGUUCGAGGAGGCGCUGGGAGCCGUAUCCCCGGAUCCUGCUCCGUUCACAAAAACUAAUUGGAUUUGCUUCCGUGAGAAGCGGUCUGUUCCAUCUGGAGGCAUCGGGCAGUCUCUACAUGGCUGCCGUCCCCUCUAGAAUUGCUGCCUGAGGCGACUGCCUCACAAUAGACCCCGAUUCAUCUCGGAGAGUGAAGAGAGCGCUGACUGGAAACAACCAGGAAGGAAAUAUAUAUGUAUUUGUACAUUGGUCCAUUUGCGCUACCAUUUUCCUCAGGAGUUUGAAUGCCUUUUCUGGACCUGCUAUAUGUAGCAAAAAAAAAAGGGAAUUAUUUUGCAAUAGAAACACGUUUUGCUGCAAUUUCCGUCGUAUUAACGCACAGUUUCUUCCUGGGAAUAUACUUCUUGGAGAAAUCCCUAUGAUUUUAUUUUGUCCAAAUGUCCAGAUCCAUUUCCUUCUCUCCUUGUAUUGCUUUGUAUCUAUCUAUACAUAUAUUGGGCUUCUUUCGUUGUCGUUCGAACCUACGUAUUUCGGCAUUUGUUUUUGGUCUCUCGACAAUAACAACAACAAUAAUAAUUAACAUAAAUCUCCAAAAUAGGGGAAGGCAAUUUGAUUCCUGAAUAUUAGUAUUACUACUACUACUACUACUACUACUAUUAACAUAAAACUUUAGCUGAAAAAGGGAUAAUUACUUUGAUGAGAUGGAGGCUUUGAAACAGAGGCCAUCUGUCGGGAAUGCUUUGAAUGCGAUUUUCCUGCUUUUUGGCAGAAUGGGGUUUCCAGUCAGCGCUCUCUUCACUCUCCGAGAUGAACCAUAGAAUCAUAGAAU